ACCCCAGUUGACCGACUUUCAGCUAGUUUUUACUUUCCUCCUCUCACCCUCUUGUUCAUUUCUGCUUCACCUGAGCCUUCACAAACGAGGACGUGAUCCAGGGAGGCUCGGGGUCUCUCCCGAACGGGAGGAACAUUCAUCAUGGCUCCAUCAACAGCUACCAACCCCCCACCGGAUUUGAGUGAAACUAGUCCGAAUCUCGCUUAAUGGUACAGAGGUACGUAAACUUUGAAUUGAAGUGAAUACAAGUUUUGUUAUUUAAACUAGUAGAUCAUGGCACUGGCUUUAGUUGGAGGGGCUGUUGUUGGAGCACUGUUUGGAGCUCUCUAUGAUGUGGUUAAGGUGGCCGUGGGAAAGACUGCUAUGCAGUAUAGACCCUUACUUGGAGAUCUCAAAUUCACACUAGAUUCCCUAAGACCGCGGAUCAUCCAACAGAUCGGAGAUCAUAACGUGCAAUUGGGUCUUCCAAACGACGAAAUAGAGGGCCUUCAGAGACAAAUGGAGGAGGGUAUAGAGCUGGUUAGGAAGCUAUCACACGUUGGUAUGUGGAACUGCAAUAUCUGGUGCAGUUGCUGCAACUGCACAAAGCCAAGUUACACGGAUCAACUUGUUGAAUUGGAUAGGUCAUUAAGAAUACUGUUAGAGAUACUGAAGCUGCAGGAAGCAAGGGAUGUGAAGGAGGCCUUGCUUCUGGCAAGGAAAAUCCACGACAAGCAAGAUGAGUUGGAUAAAAAGAUGUCGGAUUUGCUCAUAGUGCAGCAGGAGGCAGGGUUGACAGCGCAACAUGAAACGACUGUGGGAGAGCUUUCAGCAAGUAACACGCAGACGAUGGUGCAGGACCGAGUUGAAGGGAAUAGUGUGCAAGGGGCUGCUCUAGGAGCAGCGUUUUCUGUGCUCUUUGGUGCUGUUAUACAAGUGAAGGACAACACUAGGAUGUUUAAGCGCGUCCUUGGAUAUCUCAAAUCCACACUAGACUCCUUAAAACCGUUGAUAGAAGAGGUAGCCAAAUGUAACAGGGUACUGCAUCUCCCAAAGGAGGAACUAGAGAAUUUUAGAAUAGAAAUGGAGAAAGGUGUAGAGCUAGUUGUCAAGUGCUCUAAGGUUCAUCGGUGGGCUAGCUACAAAAAAUAUGAAUAUUCAAACAAACUUCUUGGGUUGGACGAAUCUCUUCAAAGAUUGUUACAUAUACUGAGAGUGCAGUUAGCAAGGGAUGUGAGAGAGAGUUUGGUUUCCGUAAGUAACAUGGAGAAGGUGAUCGAGCACAUUGCAGGGCAUGAUGUGGUACAAAAUGAUGAGGUUGCAGGCAAAGGUUUGUGUCCCCUGCCUGAACCUACAUCCACUACAGUUGGAUUGGAUGUACUGAAUGUGCAUGAGAGAGGCGAUGUGAUCAAGGAGGCAUCGGUUGCAGCAAGGAAAAUAGUAGAAGGCGUCAAGCUAAUUGAAGGGAGUGGUGUGUUAAAAGAUCAAAACGGAAUCAAAGGUUUGUAUGAAGUUGUAGAACCACCAUCACCGAAAGUUGGAUUGGAUGUACUGAAUCUGCAGGGAACAAUAAAUGUGGAGGAGACAUCAGAUUCCACAACGAAUAUGGAGGCAGGGGUCAAGCAAAUCGAGGAGAGUGGUGUGGUGAAAAAUCAAAUUGAUAUUGCAGUAACUGAACCCCAGUCGCUUCGAGAUGGAUUGGAAGUAGCGAACAUGCAGGGAACAAGGGAUGAUCAGCAAAUUCAAGGGAUAGGAGCGGUUGCACUCCAAGCUCCAGUUUCUGUAUAUGAACUUCCAUCGCUUAAUGAUUCAAGCUUCCAAUUUGGGCUCUUAGAUUCAAUGAGUAGCUUCGAAGACAACCAGCAAGUAAUAGACUGGCAGCAGCAGCAAAACUCUUUGGCAGAGGCACUGAAUUUCAACAAGUACUUUAAUUUGCCAACAGAGAAGGCAGGACUUGAGUCUGAAAUUGAAUUUGAGCCAGAAUCACGACCAGGUUUCUGCCCAGACAUUCUCACGGGCAUUGCAUAUUUACGGAGUAGGCAACAUGACGAUGCUUCAGAGCCUGACUACAUACAUAGAACUCAAUCGUCUCAGCAUGUUAGCCAACUAAAGUCUGAUGAUGGGUUUAACUGGAGAAAGUAUGGGCAAAGACAAGUGGAAGGUAGUAAAUAUCCGCGUAGUUAUUACAAGUGUACAUAUCACAAUUGCCCAACAAAGAAAAAGGUUGAGAGAUCAUUGAAUGGAGAGAUUACUGAAAUCGUAUACAAGGGAAGUCACAACCAUCCUAAGCCCCAGUCUACAAGACAAUCAACCUCUCGACCAAUUCAGGGUUCUUCAUACGGACUCUCUGAUCAAUUGGCCCCAAAAAUAUCCAACCCAAAAGUUGAAUCAGCCAAGAUGCCAGAUGAUUUGGAACAAAAUUCUCCAAUCAGUAAUUCAGGAGUUCAAGAUGAAAAUGAGCCCGUCGCCAAAGAAUGGGAUGUAGGAAAUGCAAAUGAUCAGACAACUCAUACCUUUUCUGCUUCUGGGAGUAGCAUUGUAAAAGAACCAAGAACUGUGGUGCAGACAGUAAGUGAAAUUGAUCUUGUGGAUGAUGGAUAUAGGUGGAGGAAAUAUGGACAGAAAGUAAUGAAGGGGAAUUUUCUUCCAAGGGCCUACUACAAAUGCACGUAUACAGGUUGUCCGGUGAGGAAACAUGUGGAGCGAUCACCGCAUGACUCAAGGUCCGUGAUCACCACAUAUGAAGGGAAACACAACCACGAUGUUCCUGCAGCACGCUAUAGUGACAUUUAUAGUGCUCCAAAAGAAAGUGCUUCCGAAUACCAAUCUCAAUCUUUACUAGGCGGAUUAGAUGUAUUAGACGUGCAUGCAACAGAGGAUGCCAUAAAAAAGACACUGGUUGAAUCAGAGCAAGAGUUGCUAAAUGAAGGGAAUGUUGUGGUACAAGAUCAGAUUGCAAUUAAAGGUUAUUGUGAAGGGAUUGAACCUCCGUUGUUUGCAGUUGGAUUGGAUGGACAGGGACCAAUGGAUGUGAAGGAGACGUCUGAUUCAACAGUAUGGAGACACUGAAGCGCCAAGGACGGCACUCAUCUUGUUUCAACAAAUUCUCAAGAAAGGCGACUUUAUCAACAGAGAUAACGGGAGUUAAGUCUGGAAUAGCUGAAAUGAUACCCAGGUUAGACCUAAAAGAUGUUCUCAUGCGUGCAGUAGCCUUAGAUGGUCUACCCUCGGCAACAAUUUUAGUUGAAGCUUUGGAGAAAAUGGUGUCGGUCUCUGGGGAGCCAAUGCAAAGAUUGGGUGCGUACAUGUUGGAAGGUCUUAGAUAAAGCAAAUUAAUUAUAUAUAUCAUUAAAAAUGAGUGUCUAUUUAGACUUAAACUUAUAUUUGUAUUGAAAAUUUGGGUUUAUUAUUUUAA